AGUUUGUCAGAACAGUCAGUGUACAUGUAAGGGGACAUCUUGUAGUGGUCAGUCAGGUUUGUCAGAACAUCUUGUAGUUGUCAGUCAAGUUUAUUAGGACAUUAUACAUGUCUAUGUUCACGUUAGUCGGCGAAGUUUGUUAGGGCAUUAUUCACAUCUCUGAGGCUAUAUUCAAGUUGGACAGUCAAGGGUGUCGGUUCGUUUAAAGAAAGUACAAAACAAACAAAACAAACAACAACCGCACAGAAUAUUUUAUUUUCCGUGUUCUCUAGAUAUUGUACAUUGAGGGAAAUGGCUCAACAAUGCAGAUCGUGUGUAGGUGUUAUGUUAUUUUAUGUGCUGUUGGUUAGCGUCAGAGGCAAGUCUCUUGAGAAACAAAUCAUGGACGGAGCCCCCAAGGCGGAGAUGUUUGACCUUUUUCACCUGACACCGGACGGAGAGGUCAUGGUCAUGACGGAAUUUGACCUUUUGUUGACCUGGAAGGAAUACAAGUCGCUUUACGCCAAAGAAAAUCGCCCUAAGAGAAAAGCGAGACGAGAUUUAGCCACACGAUGGACCAACUGUAAUGUCUACUACGAGAUCGAUUCAUCGAUCAUUGACGACAACGAUAAGAAGCUAAUCAGGCAGGCUAUCGGCGAGUGGGAGAAGUACACCUGCUUGGUGUUUUCUGAAAGUAGGAGCAAUCAGAACCGUAUCCAGUUCAAGGACGGGGGCGGGUGCUACUCACAGCUGGGCAUGCAGAGCAAGCCCCAGCCUAUCGCCCUGGCCCCGGGCUGUCGCACCCCCGGGAUCAUCGCCCACGAGAUUGGGCACGCCAUUGGUUGGUACCACGAACACAUGCGUCCGGAUAGAGAUACGUACAUCAAGAUAAACUUAGACUCCGUCCCGAUGAGAUUCCAGGACAAUUUUAAGAAAUACGACGAAAGUAUCAUCAACACCUACGACAUUGAUUACGACUAUACCAGCAUAAUGCAUUAUGGAACUGGGACUCUUCCCGGAUCCAUCACAACACUAGACCCGGAAUUUCAAGACAAAAUCGGACAAAGGGAAGGGUUUUCGUUCAAAGACAUCAAGCUUGCUAACGUUAUGUACAGCUGUGCUGAGCUAAUGUGUCCCAAACCAUUGUCCCCGUGUCCAUAUGGAGGCUUUGUCAUGUCCAAAUCCCUAAAUGGCAGUAAAAAAUGUGAAUGUUGGUGCGACUCAGGCAAUGUCAGCAACCCGCUCAUCUUGUGCUCGAAGUUAAGCAAAGGACCAACUCCCCCUAUACCCCUCCCUCCCCCUGAACCAUCCGUAGAGAAGCUUUGCUACGACGUACGAGAAGACUGCGCAGAAAUGAAAGAAAAAGGCAAGUGUAUGACGGACAUGGAGCUGAUGAUGGACGUGUGUGGAAAAACCUGCAACUUCUGCGGGAAAGGCGAGAAAAUGUGCAUGGACCACGAGAAAAGCUGCAAGUUGAUGGCGGCGGCAGGGUCCUGUCAAAUCCCGGCUCUGAAACCAGUUUUAGAAAAACUUUGCCCCUCGUCCUGUGGCGUAUGUGCCCCCCUCCCCCCUUGUGACGUUCAGCAGGAAAUGAUGGGGAAGCCUGUGGGCGACUCCCAUAACUCAGCUAGUUCCAGUUUUAAUGUGAUGUUGUCUCCCCUUAUUAUAAGUUUUUCCAUUAGGUUGUUGCAAUACAUCUAACCAGUAGCAUUAUUAAUAAUAUAGAUGUUAUAUGUUAAUUUGUACAUAAUGUGAAUACUAAAUCAUUCAUGUGAAACUGCACAAUGCUCAAUUCAAUGUAAUGUAAUGUUGUUAUUUUAAUUUUUAUAAAGUUUACUGUUUUGUUCUAAAGCAAAUUUUUGUGUGAAAUAAAUGUACAGUUUUGAGUUCGUGUGUAGAUAGAAUUAUAUGUCAACCUACCACACAUGUCUACUGACGAGGGAACAUUUAAAGAACACCCACUUGUGUGAGCACUUAACAUGUAUUGUUGUGAUGGUCAUCUCAAGUCAUAUCAAGUAGGGUGUGGGUGUUCCUAACCGAAAUAACAGGGUGGACGGUUGGUUGUUUGUGUAAGUGGUAGCGAGUGUGGACGGUUGGUUGGAAGAGAUAAAGAGGGUGGACGGUUGGUUGGAAGAGAUAAAGAGGGUGGACGGUUGGUGGUUGUGUAAGUGGUAGCGAGUGUGGACGGUUGGUGGUUGUGUAAGUGGUAACGAGUGUGGACGGUUGGUGGUUGUGUAAGUGGUAGCGAGUGUGGACGGUUGGUGGUUGUGUAAGUGGUAGCGAGUGUGGACGGUUGAUUGUUUGUGUAAGUGGUAGCGAGUGUGGACGGUUGGUGGUUGUGUAAGUGGUAGCGAGUGUGGACAGUUGAUUGCAAGAGAUAAAGAGGGUGGACGGUUGGUUGCAAAAGAUAAAGAGGGUGGACGGUUGGUUGCAAAAGAUAAAGAGGGUGGACGGUUGUUUAGAGAAUGAGCAAGAUAAGUGCUUUAAACAAGUUAUUAUUUUAGUUGUUAUUGUUAUUUUUAUCGUUACACGAGAAGAGCGAUGACAAAAGUAAUUAGAGAAUGUGUAAUGUAUGUUUCUCUAGGCUGGUAAUGAAUGAUUUUGUGUAAGCGACUGUGCGGCAUACAUUGCUUACAUUUUAAAUACAUGUACUUAUACAUAUAUAACUGAUGUAAUGAUCUAAGAUAAUUAUUUGUUCAAUAUCAUUCAUUUUAAAAUUUUAAAUAGCUGUUGUUGCAAAUUUGUUAAAAGUUUUUGUUGUUGAAAUAUAUGCUAAAACGUUUCCUGAA